AUGGUUCCCCCCCACUCUACCUGCCAACCCCGACCCCCUCACGCGGAGCACCCCCAGUCGUCCCACCCCAGUCCAACCCCCACACCCACCACAGGUCAACCCCAGACUCGAUCCACCCCCAUACAUCCCACCCAGCCUUGCCUAACCCAGCCCACCAGCCAGCUACGCAACGGAGCCAAGCCCCACACACACACCCCGCACACACACGGCCCGCACUGCACACACGCCGCCAACACACAUGCCUCUCACCCCAAUGGAGUGAGGAACGGAGGGCUCCAUGAUCGGCCGGCCCCCAGCUCCGUACCCAGGGCGGCCUCUUCCUCCUCGUCUUCCUCAUCGGGGAUGAAGAACCCUAAGAAGCUCCAGUCCAACCCCUCCAUCACCUCUCAGAGCAGCAAGAGGAGCAAGAGCUCCUCCAAGAGCAACAGCUCCCAGAUACCUACAGAGGCACAGGAUGACUGUUGUGUUCACUGUAUCCUGGCCUGUCUGUUCUGUGAGUUCCUGACUCUGUGUAACAUCGUGUUGGACUGUGCCACCUGUGGUUCGUGUGCGGGGGACGACUCGGCGUGUUUCUGUUGCUGCUGUGCCUCCGAGGAGUGUGGCGACUGUGAACUGCCGUGUGACAUGGACUGUGGGAUCAUCGACGCGUGCUGCGAGUCUGCAGACUGCCUGGAGAUCUGCAUGGAGUGCUGCGGCCUCUGUUUCUCCUCCUGAGCCUUUCAAACUGCACAGGGCCAUAAAUAUAUAUAUCUCACACACUGACACAGCUCAGGCUCAGUCAGAGAUACUGUAUAUAAUGACAAGAUGGUCUUGUCUCCACCCUAACAAUGGGAGUCAUUGUCCCAAAGGCAGGCGGUCUGCUUAUCAGUCUGCUUAUCGCUCCACCUCUUCCUCUCUGGCUUAGUAGAGAGGGCAGUGGAGGGGCGGAUCAUUGGUCAAUGUAAGGACAUAUCAUUGGCUUUGACCAAGGUAGAGCACUGACAUUGUUCAAUGUUGUGGACAAUCCGUUGGAAUUGACCAAUCGAAGGACAGGGACUACUCUUUGGCUUCUCCUGCUCACCUCCUCUGUGUUGCUUGUCGGUUUACUAAGGAGGACUAUGGAUAUCUCUCAUUGUUAUGCAGAUGUUUUGCUUAGAGCCCGACCGAUAUGGGAUUUUUGGGUCUGAUAACGAUAGGAGGGAGGCAAAGUCACUGAUUUACUGAUAUAUCAGCCAAUAUAUUGUUUUUAGUGGAAUGGAAU